AUGCAGUAUAUCUGGAGUAGAGUCCAACGGUCAUCGACAGACAUGUGGCGCCACAUAUCGGUCAUUGCUCUAUCAUGCGCAGUUCUUGUAGUUGUAUGUGAAGUGUCUCUCAGUAGGGUUAAGAGAUGGGAAGAAUUUCCGGAUGUAGAAUUUAAGUUCGACUGUAACAAUCGAGCAGUAGGAUUUUAUGCCGACCAAGACUUCGACUGUAAAAUAUUCCACAUGUGUGACGUAUACGGUCGUAGGGUACCUUACAUCUGUCCGAAUAACACAAUGUUUAAUCAACAGUAUCGUGUGUGUGACUGGAGUUAUAGCGUGGACUGCAGUGAGGCACCCAAAUGGUUUUACUUGAAUGACCUUACUUACGAAAACCCUCCCCCCCAAAAUGUAUAAAUAUCAAAGCAGCGUGAAGUUACUCUUACGAACGUUUAUCUUGUUACACUACUCCUGCAGUAAUGAAUUUUAUACGCUUAUAUAGAAUUGCUUAAAAUAGUUCAAUUUAGAAUAUUAUUAUCAAAGGUUGAUCUUUUUGGGGGCUCUACACUGUUUUAUAUAAAUGCGGAAAGGAAUAGUUUAAUUUGAACAUCGCUACUGAGGUUAACAACCUAAAUCCUGUUGAACCGAAAAACUUAACACAUGCUCGUGUAUUCAAGCUAAUACAUUAUGUUUGAUGUUCUAAGAAUGCAUGUAGUAGGUUUAUAUGUUGUCCAAGAUGUUUCUUGUAUAUAUAGUGGGCAUCAUAUAGAACAAAACCUACUUCAGUUUCUCGAACUACUAAAUAAGUGUGUAUAUAUAUAUCUUAAACUUGUAUAUGAAAAGUUUGGUGUAUAUGUUUUCAAAUCUUCGUAAUAAAUCAUUGGAAAUUA